AUGCCUCUCAAGAAGUCGUACUCGGAGCACAAUCGCUCGUGGCAACGCUCCAAGAGCAACCCAGUCAAUGUCGGAACAUCACGGCCUCUCGCUCCCGUAUCCGACAAGACGAAGAGCAAGCUGAACCAAUUCCAGUUUCAGUCCGUAGCCAAGACCGAGGCUUCAGACCAAGAAAAUGGCACCGAAAACGAAGACGGCAUCCGACAGACUCGAGAUGGCGCCGCCAUCACCCCGACAACGAAGUUGAGCUGGCACGACCUGAUGGAGUCAAACGCGCCCAAAGACCAAGACAAACAAAAGUCACCUAGCGAGCGCAUUCUUUGGAACAAUGAGCGGGACAAGGAUGAUCGAACGUAUGCCGCUGCUCUUUCGCCGAUGAUGCCCCGCAAAGGUCGCAAAAGGGCCAGGAGCUCGUCGCCCAUUUCAUCUCCUGCACCACACACAAAACCUGCUACGCCGACGGUCAAUGUGAAGAAGCUCAGCGAGGCACUCAAGUCGCCACAUGCUGAUCCAACCUUGGAGCUCUGGGAUCGUUUCUCUCUUGCCAACAAUGGCAAUGUAACGCCUCUGGGCAUCACGAACCCGGCUCUCGCCAAUCUGAUGUUUUCAUCGUCUCCGCGAAUCACCAAAAACGCAGCCCCUCUUGCGAGCGACAGCAGCUUACGAAGGGCGAUCAGUUGCGGACUUAAUUGGCCAAAGAGAAGAAGAGUCGACCGCUCGGAUACACCCACACUGACUAGCACUUUGACCCGGGAGACGACCGACAGCUCAAAGAACUCGCUGGUAACGGCGCUGUUAGAUACUGUUACUGGCAGUAUGCACGAAUGCAGCCCGCCACAGGAGUCAGAGCCAUCUGUGGACCAUGAGCCUGAAUCACCAAGUCCCACCAAAAGAAAGACCACGACAACACGGCCUCUAUCGUUCUCGCCAUCACGAAACCCACCGAACCUACUCCCUCAUGCUAACACCACCAACCCUAGUGUUGCAAAAGACCUAGGACUAGAUGUGAAGCCGAAGGCGGUUUCGGCAGAAUCGGACUAUGGCGACGUUGACUUUGACGAGUUCGACGAGUUCGAUGACGACACGUUUCUAGAGCUCGAGGCCAGCAUUAGCCUCUCGAAUUCGAAUCAAGACGCCCUGCAGAGUACUCCAACACCCGCACGCCCUAUUGAAAUUGACCAGCCCUAUCGGCAAGAUGAUACCAACGUGGAUGACGAGUUCGGCGACUUGGAUGACGACAUCUUCGAAGCUGCGGAGAGUAUUAUCGGCAAUGCGGAAUUAAAUGCCGUAUCUCGAACACCGACUGCCGCAGAACCACCUGCUGCGGCAGCCGUCAAUGUCUUGCCGCAAGAUGACCUUGAGGAUGUCUUCGGGGAUGACUUCGGUGGAGACUUCGAUUUCGACGCAGCAGAGCUUGCGGCAACGCAAUCGGCCCAGCAACCCCACACGUCGUCCACAACAGCUACCAGCCAAAAGCCUAAAGCCAUUCAGAGAUAUCUGGUGACCAACGUCUUAGACCACGAUUACACAGACGAGCGUGGGCUGUCCCGGCUGGAAAAAAUUUUGAUUGUUCAGGCCGACAACACCAAGUCCACGAGGACGAUUCAUCUCCGGGGCGACUGGUAUGAAACGCCUGCGCACCCGAAGGCAUACGUACACGUCAUUGGGACGUUUUCGCCGAGUGGUCAAUGUACCAUUGACGAUUCGCACAACAUCUUGAUAUUGCAUCCAGAUCAGUUGAUAUCGGCCACUGUCGUAGCCGAUUCAUUUACCUGCAUACGUCGAGCCGUAUUGCAAGACCGCGUAAAAGCGACCAGUGAGGCGACUGCACCUUUGGUCUACGGCACAAUGCUCCAUGAAAUCUUCCAAGAAGCCCUCAUGGCGAACCAAUGGGAUCUGCGGUUUCUCAGCGGCGUCAUUGAUAGAGUUAUGGAGAAGCACAUUGAAGAUUUGUAUAAAAUAAAGGUCAGCACAAGCAUUGCUAAGGAACAUCUCCAGUCGAAGAUGACGGAGUUGAGUUGCUGGGCCUCGACUUUUGUAGCAUCUCAGCCAAGACCUGACGCUGUUGUACUUGAUCGCAAUGGAAAGAAGGCGAACAUGUGCGUCAGCAAGCUGCUCGAUGUCGAGGAACACGUCUGGUCACCCAUGUACGGACUCAAAGGCAACAUUGAUGCAACCGUGCAAGUCACGAUGAGGGACGGCAAGGACGUCAAGACACUGACGGUCCCAUUUGAAGUCAAGACGGGCAAGCACGCCAACAGCAACCACAUGGCCCAAACCGCGCUCUACAACCUCCUUCUUUCCGACCGAUACGAUCUCAACAUUGUCUACGGUAUCCUCUACUACAUGGAAACGUCACAAACCAUGCGCAUCCCAACGAUUCGGCACGAGUUACGACACAUGAUCAUGCAGCGGAACCAGUUAGCGUGUCAUAUCCGAGAACGCAGCGUUCAGCUCCCAUCGAUGAAGAGGAGCAAGAAUAUGUGCGGAAAGUGCUAUGCGAAGACGUCUUGUUUCAUUUACCACAAGUUGGCCGAUGGCGGUGAUGGGGAGACGAGCGGCAUGGACAAGGGUUUCGACGAGGUUGUCAAGCACCUUACGCCGAAGCAUCAAGAAUUCUUCCUUAAAUGGGAGAAUCUCUUGACCAAAGAAGAGAAGGAAACGCAGAAAUUGAAAAGGGAACUCUGGACGAUGGUGAGCCAGGACCGGGAGAAGGUGGGAAGAUGCUUCUCCGACGUCAUCAUCGAAGAGGGUUCUUGGUCCGAGGCCCUUGGAACCUCAAAGAUCAAUCGCUUCAGCUAUACCUUCGUCAAACGAGCUCCGAACCCAAGCCAUUCUUUCCUGGAGUCUCAACUGGCUGUCGGGGAGCCCAUUGUCGUAUCGGACGAGCAAGGCCAUUUUGCCCUUGCCCUGGGCUACGUUACCUCCGUUCGCAAACAAAGGAUUACUGUUGCAGUCGACCGGCGCCUACACAACGCACGCAUCAAACAACCGGGUUUUGACGAAUCUGACAACCAGGUGUUUGCUAGCAUCAUGGAGGUUGUCCCAGAGGGCUGCACCGCAGAUCAAUCUCAGGGCAAGAUCAAACAGGCGCCUAUCCGAUAUCGACUCGAUAAGGACGAAUUCAGCAAUGGCAUGGCUACUGUCCGCAACAACCUCGUUCAGACCAUGGCCGAAGGCGUCUUCGGGUCUCGAGAGAUUCGACGUGCCGUGGUGGACCUAGUGCCGCCGAGGUUCAAGACAGCGCCUACACAAUACGUUGUCGCCGACAGACAGUCCCUGAACGUCGACCAGCACAGAGCCAUCGAGAAGGUGAUGAGCGCCGAGGAUUACGCGCUAGUGCUUGGUAUGCCUGGUACGGGCAAGACGACCACCAUCGCUCACAUCAUUCGGGCUUUGGUGUCUCAAGGCAAGAGUGUUCUACUUACUUCAUACACGCACACCGCUGUCGACAACAUUCUUCUGAAGCUUAAAAACGACAAAACGCCGGUUCUACGUCUUGGAGCACCCGCCAAGGUUCAUCCAGAGGUUCAACAGUUUGCAAUUCUGGCUGGUCAACCUAUGAAUUCCUUCGAACAGAUCAAGGAAGCUUGGCACGACACGCCGAUCGUAGCAACCACUUGCCUCGGCGUUGGACAUGCGCUUUUCAACGAACGCACUUUUGACUACUGCAUUGUCGACGAGGCGUCCCAAAUCACACUGCCAAUCUGCCUCGGACCGAUCCGGAUGGCCAAGACAUUUGUUCUCGUCGGAGACCAUAACCAACUUCCGCCCCUCGUUCAAAAUGAAGAGGCCCGGGAGGGCGGUCUUGACGUGAGCUUGUUCAAGCUUCUCUCUGACACGCACCCGGAUUCAGUGGUCAACCUGGAGCAUCAGUACCGCAUGUGUGAAGACAUCAUGACCCUCAGCAACACACUCAUCUACCAUGGGCGACUGCGAUGCGGUACUGAAGAGUUGCGUUUUAAGAAACUCGACGUGCCAAACAUGAACGCAAUCAAGAACCUCCACUACGACUCGACGUCGAUGCUCAGGCUAGGGACAUCGAAGCCAUUUUGCACAUCCAUGGCUGAAAGCUGCUGCUGGCUACGAGACUUGAUAGACAGCGAAGCUCGGGUAAGGUUCGUCAACACCGACACCCUGCAACCUCUCACUCGAGAGGAGGCGAAGGGCAAUCGGAUCGUCAACCCUGCUGAGGCACGCAUCGUUGUUCAGCUCGUCGAGAGCCUUCUUACGGUAGGGGUGCCUGACGGAGAAAUCGGAGUGAUGACACAUUAUCGCUCUCAACUGUCAUUGCUGAAGCAUGGUCUCCGUGGCCAUGUAGGCGUGGAGAUGCACACUGCCGACCGAUUCCAGGGGCGAGACAAGGACGUUGUCAUUCUCUCGUUGGUUCGCAGUAACGAGAACUGCAGUAUUGGCGAGCUGUUGAAAGACUGGCGACGCAUCAAUGUCGCCUUCACUCGUGCCAAGACUAAGCUACUUGUUAUUGGAAGCAAAAACACCUUGAAGGGCAGCGGAAAGGCCGAAAUGCUCAGCAAGUUCAUCGGUCUAAUGGAGGAACGAGACUGGAUCUACGACUUGCCGCCUGACGCUCUGGAGAGUCACUUCUUCGAUGACGCAGCAACACAAUUGACCGCCAGCGGAAUCUCUCCCAACAAGGUGAGAAACACCAGCCUAAAAUGGGGGACCAAUCCAUGCAAAGGUCCGAAAUUGGGCCUGGGCGUCGACAAAGAGAAUCGUCGACCUGAGCCCAAGAGGGCAAGAAUUGGAGAAAAGACAAAAGCGUUUGCAGCAUCGAGAGCAUUUGGUGUGCAUCGAGCUGUUGGAAAGUCGGCUGCCAACGACGCAAACUCCGACUACCGCGCGCCCGCGAAACGCAACCCCCAAACCCCGCCUAAUCCAUUACUAGAUCUACGUCAACUGGGUCGUCUCAAAUCUCCCACCCCCGCGAAGCACGAGGAACCUUGUCCAAACCGAACGAUGACGGCGAUACGUCCGACUACGGCCAUCCGCGCCGCCCGCGCCAUCAAGACCACCGCUCCAUCCGCGAGGGCCUUCUCUGUGACGGCCCGCCGCGCAGGCGGCGGCUCCGACUUUGACCCUCCUACCGGCUGGCUCUGGGGCGUCAAGCCCGGCGAGAAGUACGAGAAGGAAGGCUGGGAGACGCCCUUCUACACCCUCUUCUGUGGAGGCAUCAUUGCUACCGGCGUUGUCCUUGCCUUCAAGCCUGACACUUCCCUCGACACCUGGGCUCUCGAGGAGGCCAGACGGAGAUUAGAAAAGGAGGGCAUCCUGCCGGACCCCGAGAAGUGA